ACUAUAUCUACUGUGCGGUACUACUUUACUUUAUUUAAUUAAACAGGUAACAUAUGAGCGGUUCGCUGCUGUGGUUCGGGUCGCACACCGCCCACACGCCCCGUCACGGAGCGGCUCCCGGCCUGUCUCUGCACGCCCUCCCUCCGUCUCUUCCGUGAACACUGUCAGCUUCAGACCACUCCCUCUGUCUCUGAACGGAAAGGCAGCCUGCUCUCUGCUCGUUACUGUUUCUGCCGUCAGAUCUUCAUUUCUUCCUCUCUCAGGAUUAUGUGCGUGACUGACAAUGGCGGAGGCGCACGCGCUUGAGGAGCUGCAGUCGGAGCUCACCUGCCCGGUGUGUCUGGAGCUGUUCCGCGACCCGGUGAUCCUCGAGUGCGGACACCACUUCUGCCAGGUGUGCAUCAUCCAGUGCUGGGAAGCCAAGGCGGACGAGCUGUCGAGUUGCCCGAAGUGCCGAAAGUCGUGCGGGCGCAAACUGAGACCCAACUCGCUCCUGUGCAACGUCGUGGACAGCGUGAGGAGAGCCGGGGGCAUGAACACGGCCUCCGGGCUCACCGGGUGGGACCUGGAGGGCGCGCUGGAGGAGCCGGAGCAGCGGGAGCGCGGGUCCAGCAUGAGCAGCGUGGCCUCCUCCACCGGGCACUGGCCGCGCCUGGGUCCCGGUAUGGAUAUGUGCGAGGAGCAUGAGGAGAAGCUGAAGCUGUACUGCGAGGACGACCAGCUGCCCAUCUGUCUGGUGUGCGGCAUGUCCCGGGACCACAAGACCCACAAUGUCAUCCCCAUUAACGAGGCUUUUGAAAACUACAAGGAUAAGCUGUCUGUCGCUCUGGAGAGGGUCCAGCUGCAGACCGAAGAGGCCACGCUCUUCCAGAGUCAGACCAACGACAAGAUCCUCCUCAUUAAGGAGCGAGCGGGCGAUCUGGAGGAGCUGGUCGCUGCAGAGUUCAGUCGCCUGAGGGAGUUUCUGCUCGAGGAGGAGGAGCGCAUAAAGGAGAGACUGCAGAAGCAGAAAGAGGAGAAACUCAACCAGCUGGAGGAGGCGCUUACUCAGACCACCGAGCAAAUCAGCCAGCUGGAAAGUACGGCUGACCAGCUUCGCCUCAAGCUGAUGGAGGAGGAAAACCCAGAGCAGCUCAAGGGAAUCAAAGAUUUCAUCGGAGGGGCUGAGAGCUUGUUCGAGCGCCCCCCAGAGGUGGAUAUCAACCUGCAGUCAAGUGAGUUCCUGGGACCUCUGCAGUACAGAACCUGGAGGAAAAUGAGCUCCAUUAUUCAGCCAGCUUCCACACCAGUGUCCCUCGACCCGGACACGGCCUACCCGUGCCUGUGGGUUUCCCCGUGUCGCACCCGCGUCCAGGUGGGAAAAAUCCAGCCUAACCUGCCCAAUAACCCAGAGCGCUUCACCCUCUACAACAUCGUGCUGGGCACUGAUGCCUACUCUUCUGGCAGACACUACUGGGAGGUGGAGGUGGGCUCUAAGACAGCGUGGGGUCUCGGCGUGGCCACGGCCUCCGUCAACAGGAAGGAGGAGAUCAGCCUCUGCCCAGAAGACGGCUUCUGGACCCUGGUGCUGAGGGACAACUGUAACGGCACCAGCGAGUAUGAAGCUUGCACCGACACAGAGGAGAGCUUGGUAUAUCCCUCCAAACCCCCCAAGAGGGUGGGGGUCUAUCUGGACUACAGCCGUGGGAUAGUGGCAUUUUAUGAUGCGGGAGACAUGAGCCACCUCUUCACCUUCUAUGAUGCUAAAUUCAAGGAGCCAGUCUUCCCGUACUUCAACCCCUGGCCCAUUAUCAACGGACACAACCGGGAGCCGAUCGCCAUAGUGACGCCGUACUGGGGAUAGAUGUGACUGACGCUGUGCAUCAGCAGGUUCAGAAUAGACUCAUCUUGAGAGCGUUAACACAUCUGCAUCGUCACAGAGACUUUUCUAACAAUGUGGUGCUGAUCAACACGCUGACAACAUUCUUGUUAGGCCGGAUAAAAACUCCUUGAGGAGAAGACAAAUAACACUUUAGAGGAGAGAGAUGCUGAUAUUCUACAUUUAGCUUGCUGUCAACCAAUCCCAUGAAAAAACCUAAACAAGCAAUGAAUUGCUCCUACUAACAAUGUAGUAGGCUAGGGACACAAAUGUCUGCGUGUCCCAAGCCUCGUGUGUUUCACUCCUCUGUGCCAUAUAUUACUGCUAUAUUGCAAAAAAAAAUAUUAAAAACACAUCCCUGAGCCACAUUUUUGUACUGGAUUACAUGUUCCUGGAGACGGGCACUGUAGUUUAUCUUGACUUGAUCCCAAAAACAGUUUGCUGCUGUCAUAAAUCUUCACUAGUGUCACAAACAUGUAUUAAUCCGCAGCUGAAAGUAUUCCACAAAAAAUCAAUCAGCUCCUCCUGUUUGAGUAAUGGUUUCUAAAAACUGCACUGCCCAGCUGGUAUGAUUAAAUGAUCUUGACUGUUUUAUAUUACAUUUAAAAAAAAAAAGAGAUGAACAUCUUAAAGGCACAUGUGUAAGAAUUGCCCACACGUUGAAUACAUACUCCAAACAAAUAGAGUACAGCAUAUCAUCUGAGUGACCAUUAACAGCAGCAGUAGCAGCAGCAGCUAGAUACCUGAUGUGAGCAUGUCUGGACUAUGAGCUCGUAGCACUGGUGGAGUGUUGAUGUUAGCACCGCUAGCGAAGUGCCUUUGACAACUGGGGCUAGCUGGUUAGCAUGCUAACUUCAGUGGAUAACGUCACCACUAAUAUUUCUUUACAUUCUGUUAAUAAUCUCAGUAAUUGUCUUUUGUUUUCUUUAUGUUUUCAAGUAAAAUUCUUAAUUAUUGCACCUUUAAGUAGAAAUGAAUGGAUUUCGGACUGAAACACAAACCGACAACCUAACUUGUUUGACAAUAAGAAAGUGUGUAUUGGUGCUGAAUUCAUUAGAAAAGGUGUGAGGCAUGUUUGCUUGCUAAUGUAACCAAAGACUUAAAGUUUCCCUGUGGAGUUUUGGACACAGUUGAGUCGUGUUUAUCUCCCUCUGCCAAUUCUUACACUCCGUUCCACUGAUGCAGAAAUGGUGAUAACAUGUCAUGAAAUGCUCCAUUAUGGACUGGGUGAAGAUGGCCAGCUGGUAAACAUGGAAGUAAACGACGAAGGAUUUAAAAAUUGGCUUCACAUUUCAUUCAGUAGAUGAGUUAUUUUGGGUGAGUCACACGGAACAUAAGCACAGGUUGUUUACGUUGUUUACAAGACAGCUCCACAGGACAACUUUGACUUUUUCUUUUAUUGAAAUCAACUGAUUUUGCUGCAACAUCUUAAUGUGUGUUUUGUAAUUAUAUCCAAUGUACAAAAUAUCAUCAUGUGUUUCUUUUAUUUUACCGUUUCAUAACUAACAUGUGUCGAAUCCUGCUUUUCUAAUGAAAUGUGUGUUUUGUUAUGACCAGAGAAAAACACUGAAGAGAGUGGAUGUGAGAUUUUGAUCAUAUGAUUAAAUUUUCUGACUGAGG